AGACUGCGUGGGAGAGGAAGAACAGCUCCCUGGGACGGCUGUGGCGGGCGGGUGACACUCACAAACGCUUUCUCUACCUCCGACGAACAGGUCCGGCGAGGCAUGCUUGGUUCCCAGCCCCCAAGCGGAACCCUGUUUUGCACGCAGCGGACGUCUUGCAACCGCAAAGCAAGCCAGUUGCAUCACGGGUCGGAAAAUAUCUUCUGCUUCCGGUUGGGUGUCUUCUGGGCGCCGUUAUCAUCUCACCAGCCUGAAAGGCAGGCUCGCCAACGCCAUGUGGCCUUCCCAACUGGGCUCCUGGGAGGCUGCUUCCAAAGCCACAAUGCUGUGCAUGAAGAGGAUGCCCGUGAGCAGGGGAUGGUGUUUCCUUUGAGACUCCCCACCCCCCUCUGCUGCCACACUGGGCUCCGGAGAAUUUCCCCGCCAUCGCUGCUUCCUUCGCCUGGAAGGGGGGCCACCGUGGCGGCCCAGGAGAGGAGCUGCUCCACAGCCAUGGAACUAGCACAAGUCCUCCCUUUGCCUGGAGGGGCGCAGCGUUCCCAGCCGGGGAAAGCGGAUCCGGAUGGAAGCCUUUGCACUUGUCGCCUUGGAUCCUGGCCCCGCUCCAGCUGUGGGCUCCAGCUGCUGCACGACGUCAGCGUCCCAGGCCUGGCAAGGGUGUGCAGUGACGUCAGCUGCUGUCUCCGGCAUGGGGACCUGGCAAGAGAACGGGCAGGAAAGGGGGGACUUUUCUUCUCCUCCCCUCACCAACAAAGGGAGGGGGAACGGGGACAUGCCUGUCUUCCAGCAAGAGCAGGGAGGAGGGCUAAACUCGAGCUGACGGAGGGGGGGGGGGUUACUGCAAUAUACCUGCACUUUCAGAGUUGCCCCACAGCCCCGGCUUGAAAGGUGACCCUUUAUCCACAGAUCAGUUUCCAGCAGGCCCAGCCUUCUCUGCUCAGGGGCGAAGAAACACCAGCAUUUCCCAUUCUCUAAAUGACGUCGCCUUUGCCCAACCACACACUUAACACGGAUUAACCCCUUUUCUGGCUUUGGAUAAGACUCGGACUCUUAAAUAACCCUGAUGCGUUCGCACCAUACACCAAGCUGCAAGGAGAGCAAACAGACCCAGAUGAAAGCUAACCAGGCCAGACGUUGCGUGGGCGCAGCUGCUGUUUUAGAACUGACUUGGUUAAGGCUGUUGAUGGUGUCCAGCCGGUGUCGGUCAGGGGGACAGGCGUGCAAAUCCGCCCUUCCUGCUGACGGAGAGCUAAGAAUUGUCAGCCUGAACUUGGGAGAUGAAAUUCUGGUUUGUAGGCGCUAAAAAUCGGAUGGGCACGCGAAUGUAAAGUUGAUCUUUGGCAAGAUUGUGAAGCAGGGUUUCUCAACCCUGGUGACUUGAAGACGCGUGGACUUCAACUCCCAGCCAGCCAUGAGAGAAACCCUGGUGUGAAGACUCCAGUUUUGCGAAGGGCACUUGAGCAAUCUUUGAAACUCAGCUGUGAGAUUUCUCGAAAACUUCCUGAGGGUUGCACUUGUGCAAUGCUUGUGAUAAAUUUAGCCUGGUGUUUCCUGGAUUGUUUUGGUUAUGGGGCGAGUCUUUGCAGCUGGAUUUCUGCUUUGGGAAGACUCGGGGCCCCAGCGGAAAGAGAAGGGUGGCUUCAGGCUGCUUCUGCGUUGGGCAGGAGGAAGCAUGGCGGGGGGCUCCCUCUCAAAUGAAGGUUUAUUUACUACGGGACAAUCCAAAGAACAGCGGCCGCUGGAUGGCUCCUUGCCCCGAGCUUUUCAUUUGGUGUGCAAAUGGGGUGACCUCCGCGUUGUGAAGCUGCUCUUAUGAAAGCCCAAGAAACUGGGCUGGGUUUGUUGGUGGGGGAGCUGGCAACCCUGGCUGUGACCUAUCUCCUGCACUCUGUCUGGGUUGCACCCCUGGCCAGGAGGCCAACUCUGUGGCUGGCACUCCGUUUGGGCGAGACCCUGGCCAGAUCAGUCGCCCGGCCUGGGGGACCCCCUCUGCCCUGCAGGAAGGGGGAGCCAUGCUGGCCCACGGUAGCCCAAGAUCAGGAGGCAUCGGGCAGCCCCUUUCCCAAAUAACCAUGGUGGAGUAUGUCUCCCCACUUCUGCAGGGACCCUGGCCCAGAGCCGAUGGCCAGAAUUCCUUUCCUGCGUAAAAUCAGGAGGAGCCUGGGAGCAUUUCUUCCCUCUAGCAAAUGUUAUCUCACAAAAGCCAAUGCCUUCUCAUACACGCCCCACUCCAUCUCUUUCUGUCAGAA